CCGGAAACGCGCCGGCGGGAACCUGGCGGUAGAGCGCGCCGCGCGGGUCGCGCCGGCCUGGACCGCAGAGACAGGCCGGCCACAGGCAGGCGGUGGGUGGUCUCCCGGCCCAGACGGCCCUCGGGCUGUCGGAGCCCCGAAAGCACGGUGCCUCGCUCUCCCCAGCGGACCGAGAUGUAAACUGGAAGCGGCAGGAGAACCUUCCAGGGCCUCCCCUGCCUUGCCUAAGCAGGCCUGCCUGGCGAGCUGGGACAUGUCUGGCCCCCGAGGACAGCCAGUGGGCAAUGGCUGCAGUGGCAGGGGGGCUGGAGCCCGAGGCGGCUGCUGCAGAAGAUGCUGUAGAAGGUGCUGCAGAUGCUGUGGGACCCUCGGCUCCCCCUUUCCUGGCUGGAAACCGGCUAAGCCUGGACCUGUACCCAGGGGGCUGUCACUGGCUGCUGCACCUGUGUGCCCAGCAGCCCACUCAGCUGCUGGAGGUGGAGUUCCUGCAGCUGAGUGGCCACGAAGACCCGCGGCUGUUGGAGGCCACCCUGGCCCUGGUGCCGCAGAGCCUGCAGCGCCUCCGCUCCCUGGUCCUCAAAGGUGGGCAGCGCCGGGCAGCACUGGGUGCCUGCCUCCGGGGCUCCCUGACCACACUCCCCACUGGCCUGAGUGGUCUGGCCCACUUGGCCCACCUGGAUCUGAGCUUCAACAGCCUGGAGACACUGCCAACCUGCAUCCUGAAAAUGGAAGGCCUGGAUGCCCUCCUGCUCUCUCACAACCACCUCUCAGAGCUGCCUGAGGCCCUGGGGGCCCUCCCUGCCCUCACCUUCCUCUCUCUGAGCCACAACCAUCUGCGAGCACUGCCCACAACACUGGGGGCCCUAUCCACCUUGCAGUGCCUCGAUCUCUCUGAGAACCUUCUGGAUACUCUGCCCCCUGAGAUUGGAGGUCUGAGCAGCCUUGCUGAGCUCAAUCUGGCCUCCAACCGGCUGCAGAGCCUCCCAGCCUCCCUUGUGGGGCUGCGGUCCUUGCGGCAACUUGUUCUGCACAGCAACCUCCUGACCUCAGCACCUGCUGGCUUGGCUCGCCUCCCGCUGCUCACCCGGCUGGACCUGAGGGACAACCAGCUCCGGGACGUGCCCCCUGAGCUACUGGAUGCCCCCUUUGUGCGCCUGCAGGGGAACCCCCUGGGUGAGGCCUUACCAGACACCCACAGUCCCCCAGGGUCACCCGUGGCCCUGGAUGUACCUCAACUGUUCCUGACCUCAGACUUGGACAGCUUCCCUGUGACCCCUCAAGGCUGCUCCGUGACCCUGGCCUGUGGUGUCCGCCUGCAGUUCCCUGCUGGGGCCACUGCUACUCCUGUCACCAUCCGCUAUCGACUGUGGUUGCCGGAGCCACACCUCAUCCCUCUGGGUCCCCAUGAUGCUCUGCUCAGUGGUGUCCUGGAGCUGCAGCCCCAUGGGGUGGCCUUCCAGCAGGAGGUGGGCCUAUGGCUGCUCUUUGUGCCCCCUCGGGCCCGGCGUUGCCGUGAGGUGGUGGUCAGGAGCCUGAAUGAUGACACCUGGAGUGACCUGGUGACCCAGCUGGAGAAAGAGACACCCAAGCGGCUCUGGGCUCACUGCCAGGUGCCCCACUUCUCAUGGUUCCUCGUGGUUUCACGCCCUGUGUCCGAUUCCUGCCUGGUGCCACCAGAGGGGACAUUGCUGUACUCAUCGGGACAUCCUGGUGUCAAGGUCAUAUUCCCUCCUGGGGCCACCACGGAGCCUCGUCGCGUCCACAUGCAGGUGGUGCAUAUGGCCCGCAGAGCCCUGCUGGAGGAGCCAGAGGCUGCUGCGAGCCCUCUGCUGUGCCUCUCCCAGAGUGGACCCCCCGGCUUCCUGCAGCCAGUCACUGUGCAGCUGCCUCUGCCCCCUGGUGUCACAGGCCUGAGUCUGGACCGCUCCUGCCUGCACCUGCUGCACCGGGCCCCUCCCGCAGCCGCCUGGGAUGACAUCACGGCGCAGGUGGCCCUGGAGCUCACCCACCUGUAUGCUCGCUUCCAGGUCAUGCACUUCUCCUGGUACUGGCUCUGGUACACCACCAAAACCUGCAUUGGGGGCCUGGCACGCAAGGCCUGGGAGCGGCUGCGGCUGCACCGUGUCAACCUCAUCGCGCUGCAGAGGCGCCGGGACCCUGAGCAGGUCCUGCUGCAGUGCCUGCCCCGAGACAAGGUGGAUGCCACCCUGCAGCGGCUGCUGGAGCGGUACCGAGGCCCCGAGCCCUCUGACACUGUGGAGAUGUUUGAGGGAGAGAAAUUCUUUGCCGCCUUCGAGAGGGGCAUUGACGUGGAUGCUGACCGCCCGGACUGUGUGGAGGGCAGGGUCUGCUUUGUCUUCUACUCUCACUUGAAGAACAUGAAGGAGGUAUAUGUGACCACUGCCCUGGACCGGCAGGCUCAGGCUGUGCGGGGCCAGGUAUCCUUCUACCGGGGAGCCGUGCCUGAGGAGGUGCCCAAGGAGGCAGAGGCUGCCCGACAGAGGAAAGCCACAGAUGCCCUAUGGAUGGCCACCCUGCCCAUCAAGCUGCCGAGGCUGCGGGGGUCUGAGGGGCCGGGACGGGGAUGGGGGCCUGUUCUCUCCCUGGCACCUCUGAACCUGGGCGAUGCAGAGACCGGCUUCUUGACCCAGAGCAACCUGCUGAAUGUGGCCGGGCGCCUGGGCCCUGACUGGCCAGCUGUGGCCCUGCACCUGGGCAUGCCCUACCGUGAGCUGCAGCGCAUCCGGCACGAGUUCCGGGACGACCUGGAUGGCCAGAUCCGCCAUAUGCUUUUCUCCUGGGCUGAGCGCCAGGCUGGACAGCGGGGGGCCGUGGGGCUCCUAGUGCAAGCCCUGGAGCAGAGUGACCGGCGGGAUGUGGCUGAAGAGGUGCGGGCUGUCUUGGAGCUCGGCCUCCGCAAGUACCAAGAUGGCAUCCAGCGCACAAGCCUGGCACCUGGGGACCUUGCCCCAUCUGGCCCUUCAGUGUCACAGUCCCCAGAGCCUGCCCAGGCCUAGACCACACUCUGGGUUGGGUUGGGCCCUGAUGUGCCCUGGCCAAAGGUCAGAGGUUUCCACUUUCAAGCCUUCCCUGUGUUUGGGGACAGAAACACCCCACCCCACACACAACUCCUGGUGUGUAACAAACAUGCACCAUUAUGGCUGCUG